UUUAAAGCAAGAUACAAGUGACAGGAACCAAAAUAACAAAUGCUUGGCACGUCAUCACCUUCGAGGAAGCGAACACUACUAUAUUCAGCUACUAUCAGUAUAGUUUACUAUGCCGGAAAACCCCAAAAGACUUGCAAGGGUUGUAGUCGGAGAAAGCUUAUGGGGGAGAGCGUAAGGGUUCGAUUGAUAUUCAAGGAGCGGCACAUUCUCAGCGAAUUACAGGAGAAAUCAGAGGGUCUGAGCCAUAGUUGGUUCCUUCUCAAACCCCAACAGCACAGAACCAUCUCUGACCUCUCCUCUUCUGUUCUUCACACUUUUCAGCUCCAUCACUCUUGUCCUCAUGGCCUUCUCCUCUCUAUGGAUGGCUUUGUCUUGCCCCCUUUUGAAUCAACUUGUAUCUUGAAGGAUAAUUCUACAGUCAGUGUGAAGAAGAAAGGAGGUGUUUUAGCCAUUCAAGGAAAUGAUACGCCUAAUAUAGCUGAGAAUAUCAGAAUUGUUGAGAAGCAACCAGUAAACACGGGACAAUUGCUGUUGGCAAAUGAGGAGGAGUUUGACAAUGAAUCUGGAGGUUAUGAAAGUGAAGAGCCCGAAGAUGAGUAUGAAGACAAGGAAGAAGGAGCUGACCCAGUAAAACAGACUAGUGCACAUCUGGAAAAUGCUUUGGGUUGUAAUGUGAUCUCAAAGAAAAGAAAGGCAUCGGAAACACUUCCUAGCUCGAAGAAGAAGAAGCAUUAUUCUGAAGUUGCAAAGGAGGUUGAUGAACAGACCAAGAAAGCUCAACAAGAUCUCACAAGCAAGAAGAGUCUUUGCAAGCAAAAGAAGGUAGCCGAUCCGGAUAGCAAAGAUGUGGAUAAUAACAAAGGAAGUGCUGAAAGUAGCAAGGUUAGUGACAGCAUUUCCGGCAUGAAGAGAAAUAACAAGGUUCAAGAGAAAGGCAUGGAGAAUGUGGAGGCAACCCCCAAGCCUGAGGGUGUUAAAAAGGGCCCUAGUAGAAGUGCUCGGAGACAAUAUGCGAAAAGACAAUGGUUGCGAGAAAUGAUCAAAAUUUACAAGCAGCAUGCAGCUUCCGAAUCAGAGGGACCUCAAAACGGGAAGGAAUUGCAGGCUAAUGCUGGAAGAAGAGCUGGUAAACUGCAUUCAAAGUGGCAUGUUGAUGGUGAGACUGAUGGAAGACCAAGGGGACGUGGGAAUUGGAAGCAACAGCAAAAUAAAGCUAAAAAUCAAGAAGUGAUUGGCCAACCAAAGGGACUUCUACAUUGGAAGAAAUUGCGCGAAGAAGAUAAGGGUAGAAAUACAAACAGACAAGAGCAGACAAAUGAAAAAAGCACUUUGUGUGGAAAACCAGGUCAACACAGUGAUGUGGAGGAUGAAGUUGUUCCAGAUCAAGCUUUGCAGCAGGAUCAAGUGCAAGAGAAAAUGGAGUAAACCUCUGGGAACAACUGAGUGAGACUAUAAAGGCGAAGAUGGGACAGUAACAUAUUAAAAGUAGGUGGGGUAAGGGGAUCUCUGGGGAGCGCUCAUGGUCACAUAGAACCUUCCUAGAAUGGCCUUUCGAAGAUCUAAAGAGGAAAUAUGAGAUGAAGCAAAACUUGUACAUAUUGUUAUUCACUCUCGGAAUUUUAGCUGAAUGAAGAGGGCGAACACCGCUUUGGCAGGUAUCUGGGGAAAGUUGCUGCUUAUAGUUGCAGCAAGUUAGUGGUCUUAACGCGUUGCCCUGUGGCUAGUGUUAUCUGUAAGUCUAUCCAUUUGUAAAAAUGUUCCAUAUGUAGCUUGCCGAAAACUUGUUUACUUUUCUUGUGCUGUACUGCAAGUUUCUUUCCAAAACGGGUUUGAGCUUUUGGUGUAAAGAAAUUCUAGCUUGUGUAUGCUUUUUCCUA